AAUUCUCUUUAUACGUCAAUGUAAAAAAAUUCACUCGCUUGUCCUUAAAUUCGAAUUUAAAAAUAUAUAUCAAUUUUACAUGUAGUUGUAUUCAGUGAUUGAAAAUUAGUAGCCCAAAAGAAAUUUGGUUUAUAACAAACACAUCAACAAUAUGUAAUAUUGUUUGAAAAACAUUCAAGAUCACUAUCAAUUGCUGUUUUUUAUCAAAUCAUGUUUGGCUACUCCAGAAGCAUACCACUAAAAUUAUACAAAAUACACUGUGGUGGUUUAUCCAAAUAUUUAAAACCUUGUAGUGCAAUUUCUUUGAAGUAUAAUACGUUUAAUCGCGAACAAGAUGGUGCUGGUGAUAAAAAAUACAAACUGUACUCUGCUAUUUCUUUAUCGUUCAUUGGAGUAGUUUCGUACUACUUGUAUGGCGAUAAAGUAAAAGAUUUCAUAACUAGCUCAAAUCAAGUUCAUGCUUUUAACAAACAACAACAACAACAUGAGAAAAGUGUCUCCUGUGGUGUCAAAAGAAAUGAUCUUCCAACAUAUUCACUGGAACAAGUCAGCAGACACGACAAUCCCAAGAGUGGCAUAUGGGUCACUUACAAGGAGGGUGUCUACGACAUCUCAAAUUUCGUCUCACAACAUCCUGGAGGCCAAAGUAAAAUAAUGAUGGCAGCUGGUGGUUCCAUUGAUCCUUUUUGGAUGGUAUUUGCCAAUCACAACAAGUCAGAAAUACUUGAACUCUUGGAAUCGAUGAGAGUUGGUAAUCUUAAGGCUGAAGAUGUAUAUAAAAAAACUCAAGAUACCUUUGAUCCUUACGCUUUGGAACCUGCACGUAGUAACGUAUUGAAAGUUAAUGGUAAACAACCAUUUUGUGCCGAGCCUCCAUCUCCACUGUUGGUAGAGAAUUUCAUUACUCCAUCAGACAUAUUUUAUGUCAGGAAUCACCUUCCUGUCCCGCUAGUAUUUGAAGAAGAUUAUGAACUAGAAUUGGCAAUCGAGGACGAAAAGGUGGUGAAAACUCUGACUCUCGAUGAUAUUAAAAAGUAUCCAAAGUAUACAGUUACGAGUGCAAUUAUGUGCGGAGGCAACAGAAGAUCAGAAAUGGCUGAAGCAAAACCAUUGAGAGGUCUGAGCUGGAGCGUUGGUGCUAUUGGCAAUGCAACCUGGUCCGGUGCUCGGCUUUGUGAUAUUUUAGAAGGAUUAGGUAUUAAAGAAGAAGAUUUCGAUCACGUUCAAUUCGAAGGUUCGGAUGUAGAUCCAGCCGGGAUUCCUUACGGAGCCAGUAUUCCCAUAAGCAAAGCCUUCGAUCCAAGGGCGGAUGUGAUAUUGGCUUACGAAAUGAAUGACGAGCCGAUUCCUCUGGACCAUGGUUUUCCAAUCAGAGUCAUAGUUCCGGGAGUGGUGGGCGCCAGAAACGUCAAGUGGCUCAACAAAGUAAUAUUUUCCAAAAACGAAAGUCCCUCGCAGUUUCAGCAAAACGACUACAAAGGCUUCUCGCCGAGCAUCGAUUGGCAUAAUGUUGAUUUCAGUAAGGCACCUGCCAUCCAAGAAAUGCCGGUCACUUCAGCCAUCUGUGUUCCCCAGAAAGGUGAUAAGGUACCAGUCGGUGAAAACGGCACGAUAACAGUAAAAGGCUACGCUUGGUCUGGUGGAGGAAACAAAAUCAUCAGAGUGGAUGUAACUGCUGACGAAGGGAAAACGUGGCACAUUGCCGAUUUGGUGGCUCAGGAUAAAAACGCAAAGGAGGGCAGGCAUUACGCUUGGACCCUUUGGAGUCUCGAGUUGCCUGUUGACAAAUCAAAAAGACAAGUAGAAGUAUGGGCUAAGGCUGUGGAUUCCUCGUACAACGUGCAGCCCGAAAGUUUCAAGAACAUAUGGAAUUUGAGAGGAUUUCUCUGCAAUGCCUAUCACAGAGUGAAAGUCGACUUGUCUUAAAUCAUCAAAAAUUAUUUGUUAUCGUUUUUGGUUGUGAAGAAAUAUAUAUCAUGCUAGGGGGAGCUCAAAAAUAUUUUUAUAUUUAUAUUUAAUGUGUAAGAUUUAUAUUAUUGUUCUGAAAUUAUUCUUUGUGUGUGAUAUAAUUUUAAUACUGUACCUGUUAACGACUAUAUUUAACAACCGAUGAUGUACCAUUUCACAACAAUGUAAACACUCGAUCAUACAAAAGUGCAAUAAACCAUAUCAGCCACUUACAACAUCUCACAAAACCUACUUCAAGACUGUAAAAUGUUGUA